AUGCUGCUGCCAGCAGAAGUCGUUGCUGCUCUGCUGGCGACUUUCACCGCCAGCCGCGUUUGCCAGCACUGCCGAUUGGCCGAGGGUUUUGUGCGGAGCAUUUGGCUCGCAGUACCUCUGGGAGGCAGCGAGGGAAAAAAGGUGUACGUACACCCCAAGCUGUCUCUAGUGCAGCUGCGGCUGCUGCGGACGAAUUUGGUUUACCGCUUUGAGGCUUUUAGGCGGCAGCUUCCGCUAAUAAUUGGGACUUCGGCCGCGCUGGCGGCGGCUUUGUGUCUUCCGGAGUUUCCGCUGCAUCGCCUUUUAGGCCUUAACGCUUUUUCAGAAACUCUCCACAAGGUUGUGCAGCAAUGGGCCUUCGAGUUGGUGCCCCACAACUUCAAGGGCGUUAGCAGCAGCGGCCUCAGCCUUGUUGUUGCUUGCUGCUGCUGCUGCUGGCUGCUGCUGCUGGCAGCAGCAGCAGCAGCAGCAGUAGGCGAGGUGGAGGGGCUAAAGGCAGCAAUUGAGGAACCUUCGAAAUAUGUCAACAAAGCCCUUUGGACAGCUUUGGGUGCUGCGGCCCCUUCGCUUCCUGCUGCUGCUGCUGCUGCUGCUUUCUGUCCAAAUAUGCUGAAGUUCAUCAGAAUCUCUCUUGCUGCUGCUGCUUUGCUGCUGCGCAUCUCAGCAGCAAAAGACUUAGUACAGGUCUCGCUGGCCAACAGAACCACUUCAGUGCGAGCAGCAGAAGUUUUGCUGCUGCCAGUGCUGCUGCUGCUGCUGCUGCUGCUGACGUUGCUGUUUAGCACAGCAGCAGAAGUGGCGCCGCCUGCUCCUCCUCCCUUUUUAAACGAAUUGGUUCAAGAGGAAAAGACGAAUUUAGAUGCAGCAGCAGCAGCAGCAGCAGCAGCAAAUGCAUGCACGCAAGUGCAUGCAGCAGCAGCAGCAGCAGCAGAUCCUGCUGCUGCUGCUGCUGGCUGCUGUCACAAGACUUCUCUGCUUGAAGAGGCGCUGUGUCCUGAGGUGUACGUACACCUGAAGCAGCAGCAGUCGAAAGAAGGCGCGAAAGAAACUUUUAAAAUUCGGGAAAAACAAAAAGAAGAUUUGGGGCUGCAUGCGCAUGCAUUUGUGGGGCUGCAUGCGCAUGCACUUGUGGGGAUGCGGGCGCAUGCAUGCGCAUGCAGCCCCAAAACUGCAUGCGCAUGCAGCCCCCCUGUGGGGCCGUUUUUAACCGUUUUUCGACCUUUGUUUCUUCUUUUUUUUGGAAAUAAAAAAGAAAAAGAAGAAGCUUUUAGUCUUUUCGGAAGACUGCAGCAAAUAGAAGCCAUGAAGUGGCGAGAAGGCCCUUCGGAGUUUUCCAUUUGGGGCCCCGAAGUGCUGGCGAAGCGAAAAACGAUUUGA